CCUAAGGUUCUGUACUUGGCCUUCGCAGUAGAGACAAGCGCAAGAACGGUUCAUCAGUGGUUCUUGCUGGAAGCAAAAGUUGAGUUAGAUCAGAUCAUGGGCGCCUUGGAUCACCUGUCCCGUCUAUGCAACUUGACACAUACAAGGGAAGCCAUCAGGAUUAAGAAAAGGCGGCCACUGACGACGGUGAACAUCACGGUGAAGAUGGACUGUGAGGGCUGCGAGAGGAGGGUCAAGAGCGCCGUCAAAUCGAUUCGGGGUGUGACGGCAGUGGUGGUGAAUCGCAAGAUCAGCAAGGUGACUGUGACGGGGUACGUGGAGCCUCGCAAGGUGCUGGCGAGGGUGAAGAGGACUGGGAAGACGACGGCGGAUAUGUGGCCGUACGUGCCCUACACGGUGGCCACCUACCCCUACGUCGGCGGCUCCUACGACAAGAAGGCGCCGGCGGGCCUGGUCCGCAACGUGCCGCAGGCCAUGGCCGACCCGGCCGCGCCGGAGGUCAAGUACAUGAACAUGUUCAACGACGAGGACGUUACCGCUUGCACCGUCAUGUGAUUCCAUCAUCUCAUAUUAGCAUCUGCACUCCAGCCACGACAUGAUGCCUAGAUUACUAGAUAUAUCGGUCUUCUCACAGCGCUGGGGAAAAAUGAUACCAAGAAGGUGAACUUGUGCAUGUACGGUACUGAUGGAUGAUAUUCAUAUAUACUGUGCAAAUUAUCGUUCACGUCCAAGGCGUAGAUAAGCCCGAGUUACAACUUUAUGCUGCCGCUUUAUGAUCUUCGAUAUAUACAUCCCUGUCAGUCUCGA